AUGGAGUUCCUUUGGAUGAUCCUGACACUGCGCCCUGGUCAAAACCAAUCCAGCAGAUGUACUCACGAGUGGACCCCCUACGGGUAUCGUUCUCCGUGAUGAUCCAGGACUCCUUAUAACCAACUGCAGAGUACACACGCAGAGGGUGUACGUCCGCCUAGAUGCAGAGAACGUGUACCGCCAACAUAUUUCCCCUGCGGCACAUAUGAGUUGGGCCGGGGCUAACUGGACCACCCAGGCAGUUAAGCACGCUCAGCUAGACACUGCCCACAUGUUGGCCCAACUCCAAAAGUUCACAGUCACACAGUCAGAACUAGCAGAGCCCAGGUGAGAAAAAUGAUUCCUCGGGGCGCUACUCUCAAUAGGUGCAGCCGUAGGGUCACUAUUUGCUCUAGGUAGCACUGCCGUCAAAGCAGUCAGUCUAGCCACGGUCAAAAUAAAUGUUAGGGAGAUUACUGAAGAGAUGCCACUUAUCCUGCAACAGAUGCAAUCACAGGCACUCAGGUUGCAGCAUGUGGGAAGGUCUCUCCAGGACACUAUUCUGGUGGUAAACACACACGCUACUCUCCUGAACAAAACCCUCCUGUCGGUAGGCAAGCUAGUAGAGGUCAUGAACCAUGACUAUGCCCAUGUCCAAUUGUUUUUGGAGGAUUUUCUCUCUGAAGUUAGCUCUUCGAUGGACCACUUGGCCAUGAAUAGAAUCCCCUCAUAUCUAGUGUCCCUCUCAACGGUGCCCAACAUAUUGACCUCAGCUACCACAACCAUGAUAAAGCCAUUACAGUCACACCUGGCCUAUAGUCUGGGGUCUGCAAUUCCAAUACACGUUGAUGUUAAUCGAAAUUAAGUGGGAUUUUUACUGACGCUGCCAGUUGUUGAACGGGAGAAUAUCUAUAGGUUGAAAACAGUUCUAAACGUAGGAUUUUGGCGCGACGACACCCAUGUGAAAAUCAUCACACCUCCAGUCAUAGCUUAUCAGGAACACAAUCCAGAUUUCUAUCUCACCCCUAACCUGUUA